GCAAGCUCUGCUAGAGAGGUUCCGGCUCUGCCUGGGCUGAAAGAGACAGAAUGGAGACCGCGACCGAAGGUCCGGGACUGGACCGCGGCCCGACGCUGACCUCGUCCUGGGAUGCGGCGUGCGGGGCGCUGACCCAAAGCCUCCUUCUUACCCGGAUUGGGCCAGAUGCCCAGGACUUGAACUUCGAGCAGCUGCUGGAGCCGUCAGCUCCGGGGCCGGAUCUGGUGAGUCUGAAGAGCAGCCUGAGCCCCCGAGAUGAAAACCCCUGCUUCCUUUACCUGAAGUGUGGGCCUAAUGGGGGUGAAGAAAUUCUUUCGGUUGGCAUUCUGAGUUCAGCAAGAAACAUGGAAGUAUAUGUAGGAGAGGAAUAUUGUGGAACCAGUCGGGGCAAGAAUGUCUGCACUGUCCUGGAUGACAGUGAACGCGAAAAGAUUCUUUUGUACAAAAAAUACCUAAAAUUGGAACCUCCCACCCAUGCUUGUAAAAUAAAGUUGCUGUCCUUCGGUGAAAAGCAGUGUGUGCUCAUCAGUAAAGUUGUGGUGCACGUGAGACCAAGGUCAGCAAAUCCUUCACCAAGCUCUUCUGCUCUAGGAUCACGGAUAGACCUCGACAAUAUCCAAACCAUAAUGGAGUCAAUGGGAUCAAAGUUAUCUCCUGGAGCUCAGCAGCUGAUGAAUAUGAUUAGGUUUCAGCAGCAGAAUUGUCUUCCCAUUGGAGAUCAGCUUCAGUCAAUGCUGGGGACCACAGGCCACAAGCAUCUGAUUGCACUACAGUCCUCACCUUCUUCAGGAGUCUUAGAUAAAGCGUCCUCCACAUCUUUUCCUUUUAGAACUGGAUUGACACCUUCAGCCAUCACGGAAAAUUUAAAGGCUCUUAUUGAUAAAAGCACACAGCCACCUGGAAAAGGAAAUACCACAAACCAUGAUGAGUGCCACCUUGUGCCACAAAACCAUUCCCUUCUUGAAAGUGAUCUUAAAAAUGCAGUGUCUUCUUUCUUACCGAAGAAGGCAAGUGGCAAUUCAAAUGUGCCCAGCUCUGAGUUGCUGCCUUUUCUCCAGAAUUUAUGUAGUCAGGUCAACCAUCUCCGCGUGGGACAUAAUGCCAAGUGGCAGGAAAACAGCUGCAAGCCCCGAGAGAGCACUGCUGGGGUUUCGAUGGAAGAACAGCCUGUUUGCUCCUACUUGGAAAAGGUUCUUUCUAAAAACAUGGAGCUCAUGGAAAAGAAGCUUAUGGACCACAUUGAUGAGAGGAUCUGUCAGCUCCAGGAGCACAUAGAUGCUAAAAUGGCUUUGUUAGUGGACUUGCUGCGAAACCCCAACUCCCCACCCCCAGGGAUGCCUCUAAGACACUAUGACUCCAGAGAAAGACUUUCCAAUGGAGAGAGAUAAGCUAUCGACAUACCCAAUUAUCGCAGAUAUUUAUUACAUAUUUAUUACAAAGCCCAAAUCCAAAAAGGUUAUAAAAAUCGAGUCUUUAAUGUCCUUUGAAGGACUGUUGUCUUACAUGGUGACCUCAGUGCUCUUUCUAGUGCUCUUGUUACUGUGGACCCGGGUCUGACCAUCAGCUACCCUGAUGCAGUCGUAAGUUAUUUUGCUUGCUAUAUUUUUCACUCUUACAGAAAUGUAUACUUGUAUUGCUCGAGUUUUUAGGAUAUGUAAAGACUUCUAAUGCAGUUCAUUGGUUUGUAUUGCAUAUGACAUGUUUGAAGUGGAUUUUUUUAUUUAUACAGAUACCUGUGAAAUAUAGUCUCAGGAGUAUGAAAAGUAAUGCUAUGAUUUUUUUUUUCCUAUUUUUCGGAAAGUUGGAUACCUGGGCUCUUUGUCUUGGAUUACCAGUUUACACUGCAUGCUGUUUAUCUGAUAUGACUGUGUGCAGUGUUGGGGCAGUCUGGGAUAGUUUACAAGCUAGGGGCAGUGCUCCGGUUCAUUGCAGUGCAGCUAACUGCUUGUUUUCAAUCCUAUUUCGGAUGUGGUGCUGCAGGUAAAAUGGAAGAAAAUUCUUUUCUGGAACUGACAGGUUCUUCUCCCAGAACCCUUUUCUGGCAUGUAUGAUGUGUGACAUUCUGAGAAUCCAAAAUGAGGAUUAAGAUGUAUGAAUCUAGGAGUUUUCAAUCAGCAGACUGAAUUUUCAGAGCUUAACUGUUAGGUUCAUGGUGGUAAUGCAGCUGCACCUAAACGCAUCUGCUCUUAAGACCACCUGGAAGUAAAUAGAACCCUGUUUAGCUAAUUUGCUUAUAUUUGUUUUUUUUACUUCUUCCUUCCUUUUUUUUUUUUUUCAAGAAAAGGAUAUUUCGAGACCAGCCUGGUCUACAAGAGCUAGUUCCAGGACAGGCUCCAAA